UCGUGCGAACGACCAAUCCGUCCCAGAAAAGCCACUCCUAUUAUUGAAUUUUAAAAAAACAAAUCUGUAUUGUGUCGCGAGAAAUGUAGCUAAGUGUUCAUUGAAUGAAAUCGUAAAAGUGAAAUGGCCUAGUCGUAUGUGAAGUGACCGAAAUCAAUCAAAAUGAGUGGGCGAUCGGGUCGUGGUGUGUUCGGGAAGCUUUUCUCUAAGAAGCAACACAAGGAACGAGAUGAGAGAGCUACGGAGAUCGGGAUGCCUACAAACGUGAAACAACAUCUACACGUUAGUAAAAAUUCCGAGACUGGUAUGUUAGAAGGUCUGCCAACGGCAUGGCUGCGACUCAUAAAUACACAAAUUACGGCGGCCGAACAAAGCGAAAACCCUGAUGCUGCCAUCCAGGCCGUGAAAUUCCACAUGUACACGAUAAAAAAGGAAAAAGCGCAAGAUGAACCAUUCAAACCUUUUGUUACGCAAGAAGUCAUUACUGAAGAGGAUAUAGAGAUUGAGAAGCUUUUGGAUCACAAGAAAGCACAUCAAAGCCAGGAUUCGGACCUGUCUAUUGGCCAGAGCAGUGAGGAGGAAACUACACACUACAAUGCACCUUCAGAAAGACAGACAAUGCCCAUAUCUCCGUCCAAACACAGCCUUAAAAAGAAAGAUGCACUAAUGGACAUGGCGGCUGUAGUCCAAGAUUUGACACUCAUUGGUGAUGACAAUGACGAAAGCCCAAUGCUUCGGAAGAAGGAGCUGAGUUAUUCUAAACUCUCCGAUGAAGAAAUAUAUGAAGAGUUGAAGAGAAUCUGCAAUAAGGAUGAUCCCUAUGUUAGAUUUGAAAAAAUCAAACAACUUGGUGCUGGUGCUUCUGGUGUCGUGUUCAUUGCCAUAGACAGCAAAGACAAUUCAAGAGUCGCCAUAAAGGACAUUGACCUAACAAAACAGUCCAAGAAGGAAUUAAUACUCAAUGAAAUCAACGUACUCAAGGGGUUCCACCAUAAGAACCUUGUGAAUUUCCUUGACGCAUUCCUAAGCUAUGAUCAUUUGUGGGUUGCCAUGGAACUUCUCGAUGGAGGUUCUCUCACGGACGUCGUAACUGAAGUGGUCAUGAAAGAAGGACAGAUAGCUGCUGUGUGCCGGGAAACCCUGCAGGCCGUCGCUUUCCUCCACUCUAAAGGUACAAUCCAUAGGGACAUUAAAUCCGAUAAUGUCCUACUCGGAAUGGAUGGAACCGUCAAAGUAACUGAUUUCGGUUUCUGUGCGAACAUCGUUGGUGAUGAGAAACGACAGACCAUGGUCGGCACGCCGUAUUGGAUGGCGCCCGAAGUGGUUACCAGGAAACAGUACGGGAAGAAGGUGGACGUUUGGUCCCUUGGUAUAAUGGCGAUCGAAAUGAUCGAAGGCGAACCGCCAUACAUGAAAGAGACGCCUUUAAGGGCGCUGUAUCUAAUCGCGGCUGUCGGGCGCCCGAAAAUACCACGUUGGGGAGAGCUGUCCCCGAAAUUCCAGGACUUCUUGGAUAAAUGCCUCCAAGUCGACGUGGACAUGAGAGCAUCCGCCGAAGAAUUACUAGAGCAUCCUUUCCUGGAGUGCGCAAUGGAACUGAGGACUCUCACGCCCCUCAUCAAAGCCGCCCAGAAAAUAUUGCACAAGUGCUACGAUUAAAACCGGUAAUUGAUUUUUGCCCCGUUGCGUGUUCCGCAAUACGGAAUAUUCAAGUUUUAUAGCGUUUUACAAAACUUUGCUACGUAUUAUUAUACAUUUUUUUGUAAGAAUUUUUCAAAUUGGUGCCAAUUUCUUUUAUUUUUAAAGAACGACGUAUUUUUGUUCGAAUUGCCAAAAUUAAUGAGAUUCAUCUAAGAAUCUUGAAUGUUCAUUUUGAAUCGAAACCUGUAGAUUUUUUUUAACAAUAACCAAUAAGUCACGUUCGGGUUUUUCUUAUCACUGGCCCGUGAUAUGAUAUCUCCUAAUAGAUAUUGUUAAAAUACGUCACAUUAAACAUCUAAGGCGGCGAAAUAAACAAGGAAUCUACCUAAAAUCAUGUACAACAAGAUGCCAUAAUCAAAAGAAAUAUUACAAUAGUUCAAUAAAAUCGAUUUCAUAAAAUAUUUAAUAUAAUUCUGAACGUUUCCCUCUUUUUAUUUAACAUCGACAACUUUGUAUAUCUUAUCGCCUACGCUGGUUGCCGACGAUAAGUAAGAUAUCGUUUGCUUUAUUCUUUAUAAAUUCGAUGGAACGAUUUAAAAAAAUAAAAUAAAACCGUUUAGGUGCAUGUAAUAGGAAUUAAGAAACCUUAAUUGGGUAUUUGACUGAAAUAAGUAUACGUUUAGUAACUGAGAACUUUCUAGAAAUUCUAAAAAUAUCAAAAUCUGAAAUCGACUUUCAAAAUUAAAUUCACUGAAUGAUAUUCGAAUAUUAAAUGUAUUUUUCCCCCCAAUAUUGUACACGGGAUAAAAAGUCUUGUAUUCAGUCGUAAAAUGGCAUUAAUAAAUCAGACUUUUACGCGAUGCUAUUUAGAUAUCGCUUCUACACGAAUAUUUGUACACGUAACAAACUCCGUAAAAUGAAGUCAGAUACCCGAAACACCAAAAAUGUACAUAAAUGAAAUCGUAUUUUUAGCUAGUCUUAUUUUUGUAUCAGUUUUAUAUUUAACAAAAAAAAAGUAUUUUUAUAUUUCAUAGAUUAUAAUUAUUUUUACGUUUACAACCAAAUAGAAAUGUAAUGGUUCAGGUGACAUUUUUUCGACAAAACCUUUUUUUUUUUUUCGUUCACACAUUCCUCUUUGAAAUAUUAUGCAUUUUACUUUCACGAAUUCAUUGACUUCUCACAAGACUGUUUUAAUGUAUUUGAUAAAAAAAAAAGCGUUAUAAUUUUACAAAUUAAACAUUCUACAAAUUCAUUUAUUUUUAAGUUUAUUAAUAUUAUGUUCAUUUCCUAUGUAAUUUUACGUUUAAUAGUAUUUAUGUAAUACGCAACGAAUUAUUUGUACAUGUACGUACGUACCUUAGAAGUGCCCCAAGUAUUUUUUUUAAAUACCGCCAAAAUCUGUCUUUGUCUCAUGAAUUAAAAUAAAAUUUGAUCACCAGCGGCAGGGCGUGGUAUGGGACUAUCCUUGUAGACGUCAAAGGGUAGAUUAGUGAGAAUUAUAAUGCAAUUACGUUCUAGUAUUUAAAACGAAAUUAUUCGUCAGUUUGCCUAUCUAUACAAAUAAAAAAGUUAAAAUUCAUGAAUUUAAAACAUUUAUUUCUUUAUUUAGCUUUAUGCACAAAAGCACAGUGGUGGAACUAAUGCCCGAGGCAUUCUCUACCAAUCAACCAAGGAUGCUGUAGAGUCCAGUGGUAGGUGCAUCAUGAAAGCCUCAAGUUGAUUGAAUAUUGCCGCGUUAAAAAGUCUCUGAUAAUGAAGUCGCGAAGUCGUCUACGCAUCGCUAGUUGUCAUCUCAAAUCGAAAUAAACUUUAGAGAGAGUAUUAUUUAUUGUACGCCAACAAAAACCAAUGCGAAACAUUAAAUAC